UGGGGGCGCGGGAUGUGAGCGCCUUGCGCCGGGGAGCUGGUGGCCGCAGGGGAGCUGGACUUUAGACGGAAUGGGAAAGAAGCAGGUGCGUCCUCCACGAGCCCUUCCACCUGCACCAAGUGCUGUUCAAGGUGAUAUUCCACCUAAUUGUCCUAAGAAAAAGAAGCCCAGAACAAAAAACACACUAGGUAGUGCUUCUUCAGAAGGCCUUGUUCAGACUGCUGUCCACAGGCCAUCUGAGGACAGUGAGCCACCAACUGAAGAACACAUAGAGCAGCCAGAAGCUCCUGCGCAAAGGAGACAGAAGGCAGCGAGGCUACGUCCUGAAUUGGAGACUUCCUUCACCCAAAAGAGGACAUCUAGUCCAUCUUUAUUGCAAAAUGAAAAUGGUACCAAUAUGGAGCCAGCGAAGGAGGCAGUUAUUCAGAAACCUCGAAGGAAGACAAAGAAAACCCAGCCAGCAGAAUUACAGUAUGCCAAUGAACUAGGAGUAGAAGAUGAAGACAUAAUUACUGAUGAGCAAAGUAGUCCAGAGCAACAGUCUAUCUUCACUGCACCCACUGGCAUUAGCCAGCCUGUAGGCAAAGUGUUUGUGGAAAAAAGCCGGCGAUUCCAGGCUGCUGAUCGCUCAGAGUUGAUAAAGACCACAGAAAACAUAGAUGUGUCAAUGGACAUGAAGUCUUCCUGGACAACCAGAGAUGUUGCAGUUUCAGUGCACCGGGCUUUCAGGAUGAUUGGUCUCUUUUCUCAUGGCUUCUUGGCUGGCUGUGCUGUGUGGAAUAUUGUUGUGAUAUAUGUGCUAGCAGGAGAUCAGCUUUCUAAUCUCUCAAACCUUCUGCAACAAUACAAGACCUUAGCAUAUCCAUUCCAGAGUCUUCUUUACUUGCUGUUGGCUCUAAGUACAAUUUCAACUUUUGACAGGAUUGACUUUGCUAAAACAUCAGUAGCAAUUCGAAAUUUUUUUGCCCUGGAUCCAACAGCUUUAGCAUCUUUCUUGUACUUUACUGCUCUUAUACUAUCUCUGAGUCAGCAAAUGACAAGUGAGAGAAUCCACCUUUACACACCUCCUUCUGUUAAUGGUAGCCUCUGGGAAGCAGGAAUUGAGCAACAGAUUCUCCAGCCAUGGAUUGUCGUGAAUCUGGUGGUGGCCCUUCUGGUUGGAUUAUCUUGGCUUUUUUUGUCUUACAGGCCAGGCAUGGAUCUUAGCGAAGAGUUGAUGUUCUCCUCUGAGAUGGAAGAAUAUCCUGGAAAAGAUAAAGGAAUCAAAGCUUCCUCAUAAUGCUAACUCACCUCCAGAGUAAUAAUGAAUUUUUGCUCUGUAUUUAGAACUUUUCCCAAUCUUGUUUUUAAAUGUAUUUUUCUAAGAAAUGUACAGAUGUACUUGGAAUUGAUUUUUUGAUUAUACAAUAUUGCAAAUUUUCUCAAGAUAAUGGAAAAUGUUAAAAUUAUAUCUGCAAUUAUACUCAAACAUUAACCUCAUAGCAUUAUCAUUUUAAUGACAAAGGAGAUAAUGAACUAGAGACCAGUAGGUGAGAGUAUUUAUUUCCUGUUCUCUCAAUUUAGUUGCAUUUAUAAUCAUUAUUUUAAAACACUAAUACAGAAAAAGGUUCAACUUUAGUAUUACAAAAUAUGUAUCAAGUUUAAACAAAAUUUAGGUAACAAGGAAUGGGGGAGAAAAAGACCUUCUUUCUUUAUUUUUAAUGUCUCCUUACUGAAUAAAUUAGAAUAUGAAAUUUUUCUUUUUUGAAACUGCCUUAGUGGUUGUUUAUCAUGUAAUAAGUAUAAUAUAAUAUAAUUUAGCUUGCAAGAUGCUUUAAUAUUAAUAAAAAGGAAAUGUACCUUUUUCUUUGAAAAGUUUUAUAACCAUGGAAGUUUAUUUCCCUUUAAAAACUCUACCAGUGGCUCCCUUAUCUGGUCACACAUCAUAGUCCUCUAGAGAGCUUUAAAAAAGACAUAUGCAGCAAAAGAGAAGCUGAAUGGGCCAAGAGCUCAGAGGAAUAAAGGAGAGGCCUGUUGAGCCUGUUGAGCUAGCACUCAGUUGACCUCUGCAGAGCCCUUUCCUCUGCCUCUUUUUUUACGUGACAAAGAAAUAUGAGUAGAAAUUCACCAUGCCUAUUCUCAAACUCUUGGUCAGAGAGAUCUCUGGCUCCUCAGGAAAUCCCAGUCUUGAAGUGGGUCUUACACUGGAAUAAGUCUCUUCAGAGCUGUAUACAGUGGUGCCUCAACUGGUAUAAGACACUAGGGCGCAAGACAAUGGUAAGACUUGCUGUGGGAAAAGGUGUCUCAAAGGCUCUUGAGCCAUCAGUAAAACUAUUGGCUUGAUUAGCAAUCAACUGAAUGUUGUGAAAUAUAAGAGGACUGACAAAUUGGAUAGAGAUGGAUGGCUUUGAGAACAGUUCUAAAUUUGGUGUGAACACUCUACCAGGAAUAUUUUGCUGUCUAUAAGGUUGGAGCUGCUGAAAAGGGGAUUCCCCUGCUGUCACAGAAUCGUGAAUGUGCUGGCAAUUCUGAAGUUAUCUUUCCUGUUCCAGCUUUCACUGUGAUCAGCCAUGGUUUUCUUGCUGGCAACAAGCUGGCAGUGCAGUACAAGAUCCCGUCAGCAAACUUCUGGGAAGUCAUGUUCACUAGAGCUGUGGCUUACCAUACCUGAACAACGUCAUCAAAGAGAUAUGAGAAAACCAGUGUGGGAGAUAGUGAUAGACUGAAUAACGUCCCCCAAAGUUGUCCGUGGCCCAAUGCUUGGAACCUUUUAUUGGCAAAAUGUGAUGAAGGUUGUAAACUUGGAAAUGAAGAGAUUAUCCUGUAUUGUCUGGGUGGGACUAUGUAAUCACAUGAGUCCUUAAAAGCAGAGAACCUUUCCUGUCUGUGGUUAGAGAUAUGAUGAAGAAGAAAGGGCAGAGAGUUGUGAUUUUGCUGACGUUGAAGAAGGAGGAGGGGCCAUAAGCCAAGGAAGUGGGCAAACUCUAGAAGCUAACAAAAGCCCUUGGCUGAACAGCCAGCAGGAAAAUGGAUAUGGGCUCAGUCCACAUCUUUAAGGAACUGCAUUCUGCUCUCAUCUCAAAUGAGCAAGGAAAUAGAUCCUCCCCCAAACCUACUACAAAAAAGAAUCCAGCCCUGCCGAAGACUUAUGACACAACUGUAAGAUGGCAAAUGUGUGUUAAGCUGAUAAAUUUAGCGUAAUUUUUAUGGCAAAAAUAGAAAGUUAAUACAAGGUUGAAGGGAGUUUUGCUCUUAAUAUCAUAGAGAAUAAAGCCCUAGAGCUGUGGAAUGCAAUUGGGAAAGCUGGUUAUGUUGAUAAUGUAACUUACAGGGGCAAAGUUGCCUUUGAAUUCUUCAGGUCUGGGAAGUAUGACUUGGACUUCAGAUCUCCCAGUCACCCCAGCAAGUACAUAAUCCCUUAGCAGCUGAUGGACCUGUACAAAUCUUUUCUUCAGGGAAAACCCACUGUUGUCUUAUCAAAAAUGCUAGCCAUGAUGAUUGGGAAACUUGGAGGAAGUUCAUUGUUAAUGUAUGUCUCCAAUGAUUGGUUCAAAGUCAUCAUUUUUCUCACCUUUUUCCCUGCAUUGAGUGUGGGUGGAGUGAUAUAUUUGGUAGUUUCUGAAGGGUCAACAGGCAAGAUCCCCAGUGGGAUUUCUGUUGUUUCUUGGGGGUGCAAAAUAAAAUGUUUAGUACUUAAUAUCUGCCUCUUCCCACUCUCCCCGAGAAGAACAAAACAUACAUAGACUCCUAGGCCCUAUCCCUAGAGGUUCAGAUUCAGUAAGUCUGAAGUGGAGCCUGGAAAACUAUUUUUUAGAAAAAGAUAUCCCAGGUGAUUGUGGUACUGCCAGUAGACCAGCUUUUGGGACCUCUGGCCAAUAACCAUUUGUAAUCUAUUAUGAAACAUAAAGCUUGGAUUAUAACAUGAAUUGAUUUGAUCUUGAUCAAAUUGCUAGGUUUCUGAGAGUACAAGAAAAUGAAAAAAUUAGUAAAACAUGGUAACUGCUUUCUACAGGUUCAUAAACUAGUUAGAAAACAUAGGUGGGCAUACUAGUUCAAGAAUCUAGGAAAGUAUUAUGGGUAAGAUUGGGUGUGAGCCUGUCUUUAUAGGAUGGAUGGAUUUCUAUUGGUAGAGAUGACAGCAAGAAAAAGACCAUACACAUGGGUGAGCCUUGCAGGCUUUUUAUUUGGGAAACUGUCAAAUAGUAAAAAUGUCAAAUUGUAAUAGCAACUAAUCUAGAUCAAUCUAGAUUUAAUAAUUGUUAAAAUUUUGUCCAUUUGCUCAUUUGCUUUAUCUUUCUUUAUAAUUCCCCUUUUUUCUUGCUAAAUCUUUCUAAAACAAGUUGGUAGCCCCCUGUCACUUCACCUGAAUAUUUAAGCAUGCAUCCUCCAAAAAUAACAUUUGUCUACAUUCACACAAUAUCAUUAAAAUAGCUGAAAAAUAGCAAUUUCAGUAUAUUCUCAAAUUUACCCAGUUGCCUCUCAUAUAAUCAAGGCUUACUUACACAUUUCAGUUGGUUGGUGUAUCUUACCUCUUAAAAUCAUCCUACCUUUUUUUCCUCAUCAUGACAUUUUUUUAAUUCACAAUUGUACUGAGAUAAGUGUAGGUUCAUGCAAACAUCAAUAAUAGAUCUUUUUUUCUAGUAUACUUUGUCAGUGUCUCUAAUGAUAACCUGCAUGCAAAUUUAAGAAAUAAUACAGAGAGAUCCUUUGUACAUUUUGCCAAUGUCUCCAAAUGACAACAUUUUGGAGCACUAUAGUAUAAUAUCACAACCAGGAUACUGACAUAGAUACAGCCCAGUGAUCUUUCCUCAGUUUUACUUGUACUUGUGUGUACAUGUGAGCAUGCAUAUUUAUUAAGUCCUAACAGUUUUAUCUAUUGUAUAGGUUUACAUAACCAUCAGCAUAGUCAAGAUCUGUAACAUUUCACCCAAAAACACAAGAGUCUCAUGUUGUCCUUUUAUAACCUUGCCUAUGUUCCUUCCAUACCCCUAUCUCUGUACCCCUAACCCUGACCUCUGGCAAUCACUAAUCUGUCUUCUAUUUCUAAAAUUGUGUCAUUUCAAGAAUAUUAUACAUUGGAUUAUAUAGUAUAUGUUGGGAUUAGCUUUUUUCUGUUCAGCAUAAUUCCUUGGAGAUUCAUGCAAGUUAUGUGUAUCCAUUUCUUUUUAUUGCUAAAUCACAUUCCACAGUGUGUAUUACUGCAGUUUAUUUUACCAUUUGCCUGUUCAAGGGUAUCUGAGCUGAUCCCACUUUUUGGCUAUUAUGAAUAAAGCUGUUAUGAA